AUUUGUUUAGGAUUAGAAUUGAGGAAUCCAAGUCACUAAAUCGCGUUAUCUUCUAAUUCCCUCUUCGCUCACCUGGUCCGGUGUUGUCUUGCCGUCCGACCGAUACUUGUUUUUCUUCUUGAAAUAUGGUUGGAUGAAUUGCAAUUAGCACACAUCUAAAAUUCGACCUAAACAUUCCUAUCCUAUCUUUUAUAGACCUCUUGUACAGUUACUUUGAGACGAAUCCAUUUCUUAAGCGAUCCGCACUGUUUCUUACAAUUAUACAAGCAAUUACUGUAAUAGAUGUGGAAGCGUGAGUUGUAAACAAUCCUCUAAGAAGUUAGGGUCUUAUUAGAAUUGGCGGAGCUAUGUAUAUAGAGGAAGCGAAGGCAGCAACAGUGGUUAGGGAAGAGGCGGAGGUUAUGGGAGUUGAGGAGGCCGAACCUUCGCCUGGUCAUGGGGAAAUCUUGUGCAGGGCCGAGGGAAGCAUGUUAGCGGUGGAUUCGAGAAGAGCGUUGAUAGGCGUCGCAGCUCGAGCUCUGUUUUAUCCCACUUUGCUGUAUAAUCUUGUUAGAAACAGGAUUCAAACGGAGUUCCGAUGGUGGGACUGGAUUGAUGAGUUUGUAUUGCUAGGUGCUAUCCCUUUCCCAUCUGAUGUGAAGCGGCUAAAACAGCUUGGUGUUUUUGGUGUUGUUACCAUGAAUGAGCCAUAUGAGACACUAGUUUCAACUUCUUUAUAUCAGGCUCAAGGUAUUCGUAAUCUGGUUCUUCCAACAAGAGAUUAUAUGUUUGCACCUUCACUGACUGAUAUAUUUCGAGCUGUAGACUUCAUCCAUGAGAAUGUGUCACAUGGACAAAGGACAUAUGUGCAUUGUAAGGCUGGCAGAGGGCGUAGUACGACCGUUGUGCUAUGCUAUUUGGUUAGGUACAAGCAGAUGACACCAAAUGAUGCUUAUGAUUAUGUGAAAGCAAUACGGCCAAGGGUGUUGUUGGCCUCAUCCCAGUGGAAGGCAGUCCAGGAAUUCUAUCAUCAUCUCAUGAUGAAGAUGGGUAACACAUACUCCUUGACCUUCUCUAUCACUAGUAGCCCCGGGUUCGUAUCUACAAAAAAUCUGUCGGCAUUUGAUGAUAGCUCUGUGUUAGUAAUAACUGAUGCAGAUCUUGAGGGAUAUGAUCCCAACCAUGUGCUUGUGGCUGCAAGAAAUCAGAUAUGGUCCGAUCUUAGUAUGGUUUGGCGGUUUCGAAUUUCUAGUUUGGCUGCUUUGUCCAGAGUUUCUUGUCUUUGGCUCCAUUGCCAACAUCAUUUAAAGAUCCCCAGCUAAGGGCCUAUUCGAUUAUGAGGCUUCAGCUUUAUGUAUCAAUUUGUGUUUGUAAAUCUUCAUUGUAUUUAAUAGAUACAACCGGCACAUAUCUUCUAUUUGAACCCUGUAUAUAUAUGAAUCGUGUUCUGCUAGCUUCAUCCUUGUCUGAUUGAAGCAUGGAUCGGAACUGGAAUUGUUGAACAUAUUGAACAUAUCUGAAUCAACCAUGUCUUCUCCAUUCCCUUCAUGUUCAUAA